CAAAGUGAGACUUGACUGUGCUUUUUCAGCUAUACCUUGAAUAAGCGCCGGAUUUUACGCUCGUACCGCCCAGCCAAUCUGCUCAGAACACCAUCCUAGUAUCCAGGGAAUGGUCUGAAAGGGUUAAUGCGAAGGAGGGGCCUCGCUACGUCACAGAGAGACCUUCGCCCGACCCGUACGACCCUGUCAAGAUGGCACAACCUCAGCGGCCAAUGCGGCGGUUUCUUCAAUUCAUUCACGACUUCCUCUUCACACAUGCCUACAGCAGCACGUUCACCUCUCUCUUCCUGCUCGUUGAAGGGACUCUGCUGAUAGCGAUCAUCCACAAAGUCCGUUACACGGAGAUUGAUUUCUCAACAUACCUCCAGCAAGCUGAUCUAUACGUCAACCAAGGUGUGCGCGACUAUGCCGCCAUCAAAGGUGACUCGGGGCCGUGUGUGUACCCAGCCGGACACUUGUUCGUGUACGGCUGGAUCUUGCGGAUCAUCGAACAGAGCCGUCCCUUGGUGCCAGCAGGACUGCUCGGCAAUAAGUCAGAGAUCCCCCCGGAGGGCCUCCGCACGGUGCAGUACUUCUUCGCUGGACUGUACCUCUUGACCUUUCGGCUCGUAAUGAACAUUUACUACAUGGCAUCUUUUAGCUACCAGCACGAGAAGCCGGGCAAGGUCAGCAGUUCCCGGUCGGCGCUUGCACUAGCAAGUCGGUCCUUCCCGCCGGCGCUGCACCUUGUCACGUUCGCAAUGUCCAAGCGUCUGCACAGCAUCUUUGUGCUACGCCUGUUCAACGACCCAGUGGCCAUGGCAGUCUUUUAUCUGGCUACCGUGCUCCUGUGCAAGAGAGCCGUCAUCAGCGCAUGCCUUUUGUACAGCUUUGCCUUGAGCAUCAAGAUGAACCUCCUUCUCUUCCUGCCGGCGUGGGGCCUGAUCCUCGCUCGAGCCUACGGCAUCUCCGCUGAUAUCCCGACUCUACUUAUCCCACUUGUGCAGCUCGUUCUUGGGUACCCAUUCCUGGAACACAAUGCAAAGGCGUACUUGCGGCAAGCAUUCGACUUCAGACGAGCCUUCAUGUACGAAUGGACCGUCAACUGGCGCUUUGUUUCUGUAGAUUCGUUUAUGUCGUCAAGAUUUGCGCACUGCCUUCUCGCAUGCCAUGUCUUCGCGCUGCUGUGCUUUGCAGCUUUCAAAUGGACGGAACUUGGGCGGAAAGGCCCCGUGCGGUGGCUCAGAGAGGAUAUCCUGCUCAAGAAUUCGGACGGCGGGAGAAAUGAGAUUCGAGGAUGGCCAACGCCGCGCUACAUCGUCACGACGCUGUUUACGGCCAAUUUGAUCGGCAUCACGUUCAGCCGCAGCUUGCACUACCAGUUCUUCAGCUGGUACGCGCACCAGAUCCCAUUUCUGCUAUGGAGUGCUGAUCUCCCAUUACCUGUUAAGCUAGCUCUGCCGGUUGCGAUCUCGUACGGCUGGGAGACAUUCCCGUCUACCUCCCUUUCAUCGGGUAUGCUGUUCGCAGCGCAUCUGGUGCUGCUCUACGGUGUGUGGCGCAGCGAAGACGGCGAUGCGCUGACGGACGGGAUACGGUCGCGUUUGACAAGACGGCUUGAUGAGGAUGUCCAAGGGCAAAAAGCGGGAAAGCACGAAGCGGAAAGGACAAAGCGGGGGGUGGGGGUGAGAAAUGACUGAGGGUAGGGACAAGCAUGCCUAUGACCAGCAGGCAGAAGGUUAUUUACCACCUUUAAUUAAUUACUUCUGUGGUAUUAAUUGUCCAAGGCUGUGUUCGUUCGUCUGCGUCAUCAAGACUGCAAAUUGUCGCCCUCGCCAGAUACUAGGGCGGCUUGGAGUAGGGCACGUUCGCUUGGGGUAGACCAAGAGAG